AUGAAGACUGCUGCUAUUGUUCGUAACCUAGCUGUUUCCGCAUUGAAGAACCGUCCAUGCGAGCAGCAGCUCCUCGCUGCCUCCACCGCAUUCGCGGACGGCAGUUUUAGGCCGAAAAAUGGCAAGGGUUCUUCGAAAAACCAAACUGAUACGGGAGUUUGGAAAAACAGAAGGUUCACACUGGCUGCCGCAGAUUUUGCCCCAAUGUUCACUGGCAAGAUCACACCAACAAAUGCUUUCAUGUCAAAGAAACUGAAAAUUAAAGGAGACAUGACAAAAGCCUUGAAAUUGGAGGGCGUUCUGAAGAAGCUGAAUAAGAGCAAACUAUAA